AUGGGACAUAGCAGCGGCUCGGGUGCGACACACGACAGCGUCUUUAACGCAAAGAAUGAAUCCAUUCUGGUUGGGAUGCGCGAUGGCGUGACCGGUGAAUUCAAGCUCGUUCCUCGGGAACAAGCUACCAUCUCCGUUUUUGAUUCCAAUUUUCUCGUUGGAGAUGGAAUAUGGGAGGGUAUCCGUGCAAAUCAUGGCCGGGUCCAAUUUGCCUACGAGCACAUUAACCGUCUAUUCCAAUCGGCAAAGGCCAUGUACAUGGAUAUGGGGCUAAGUAAAGGAGAAUUACUCGAUCUGCUUCACAAGACUAUUGACGCCAAUGACAUGGCCGAAGAGGCCCAUGUCCACAUCCGACUCGUUGUGAGCAGAGGUCUGAAGUCAACACCAUACCAAAACCCAAGCGUGAACGUCGGUGCCCCUUUAAUCGUUAUGAUCCCCGAGGUGAAAGCAGUCUCCACAGAGUCCAAGUCUCGGGGUCUUAGACUCGCCACAACCUGGGUUCGCCGCGGACCUCCUGACGUCAAGGAUGAGCAGUGGAACCACAUCUCCAAGGCCACGGACGUCCAAGCUUGCAUCAGCGCUAAUGUCAUGGGUGUUGACGAGGCACUUAUGUUGGACCAGCGCGGAUUUGUCAAAACCUGCAACUCAACCAACUUUUUUAUUGUCCGAGGCUCCGAGGUCUGGGCUCCUACAAAGGAUAACCAGAUGCAAGGCAUUACGAGGCAAAAAGUUAUUGACGUUUGCCGAGCCGCAGGCAUCGUGGUCCGUGAGCUCGAUUUCUCCUUGACAGAGGUGUAUGGGGCGGAUGAGGCCUUUUGCACUGGGACAUUCCCCAGCCAGAUCCAUGUUAUCGAGGUUGAUGGCCGGCAGAUUGGUGACGGCAAACGCGGGGCAGUUACCGAGAUGAUACAACAACUUUACAUUGCGCAUGUCAAAAGCGAUGUUAGCAGGUCGAGGGAGGAAAUAAUGGCCUCGCUUACCAGGUCUCGAGACUUGGCCUUUUUAGAGAAGGUGCAUAUUCCUAAUGGAGUUGCCAAUGGUGUUACCAAUGGUGUAGACAAGGGUUUGUAA